CAAACACGGCUGUGAGAUUUUCGGCAGUGGCUAUGUUUGCAGCAAUCCCGCAGCUAUCCACUACGCGCCGAGGCAGCCGAAGACAGCUUCCUGUCUUUCGUUCGCCACGCGUACUUGGUACCACUGCACAGCGGUUGUUCUUCCCGCUUUGCUCGUGUCCGGUGCCUUUGAUUGACCCAAGAUGCUGUUCUAGGUCCACUAGCCCACCAGAUUGACGAGUACCCGCGUCGAAGGAUCUGCUCAACGAUAAUUGUGGAUUUGCUUACGUCCAGUUGAAUCCUGCUUGCCAUAGUUUUCGAUUUCCAUAAAGAAUCGUCGAACCCCUACUGUCCCAGAGCAUUUGCGCGUUCAGUUUGGAACAUACCUGAACCUCAUUCACUAUCCUCAAGGGAUCUUUCUGGGAGUCUUGGAAUACAGAUUCUUCAUUCAGCAUCACCUCCAGAUACAGCGCGAUGCAGUCACAGAAACCGAUCUUCUGUGCUACCCACCCCAGGGCCUGCUCGACGGCUUUCGAGCGGGUAUUCAUGACCCGCAAGGACCUACAAUGCGUACACGAGCCAUUCGGUGAUGCAUACUACUUUGGGCCUGAGCGUAUUGGCUACCGGUAUGAAGGCCUAGAGAACGAAAAGGCGCGGGAAGAGAGCGGCUACGUGAACAGCACAUACCGCUCUAUCUUCGACAGGAUCGCGAAAGAGAAUGCUGAGGGUAAGCGCGCUUUCAUCAAAGAUAUGGCACAAUACUGGAUCCCUCCCCAGGACAAGCCUAGACCCACGACCAUCUGCCCAUCGAUGUCCAACUACCGCCGCGGCGUUGGAACAAACACCACCGAGCUUUCGCCCGUACAGACAAGGGAAGAUCGCCCCGGCGAGCCUUACCCGUAUGAUACCAGGGUCGAAGAGGGCAACCCGACCGUCCUUCCCAAAGACCUCCUCGCAACAUACCACUUCAUCUUCCUUAUCCGUCAUCCUAAAUACAGUAUCCCCAGCUACUACCGCUGCACACUGCCUCCCCUGAAUAAGAUGACUGGCUGGGACUAUCUCCGCAAGGACGAGGCUGGCUACUCCGAGCUUCGCGAGCUCUUUGACUACCUCCGCAAGGAAGGUCUGGUUGGUCCCAAGUCUGCUGGUCAGGGUGGCGAGACAAAUGGCACGAACGACAGUUCGCAGGGCGUUGAGAUCUGCGUUGUUGACGCUGAUGAUCUGCUCGACAACCCGUCCGGCAUGAUCGAGGCCGUCUGCAAGACAACUGGUAUCGACUACAAGCCUGAGAUGUUGGUUUGGGACACCGAAGAGGACCAGGCGCUCGCCAAGAGGGAGUUUGAGAAGUGGAAGGGUUUCCAUGAGGAUGCUAUUGACAGCACGGAGCUGCGAGCCAGGACUCACAAGAAGGCACAAACCACCAGAGAGCAGGAUGACGCUGCAUGGAAGGAAAAGUACGGCGAGGAUGGUGCGAAGUUCAUCCGCGAAACUGUCGACGAGAACCUGGAGCACUACGAGUACCUGAAGCAGUUCGCUAUCAAGGUCUAAAACCAUGAAGGUUGGCCUUGACAUAACGACGAACAUCCCACGGGUUCCUUAUUUCCUUUUCCCAAUCUCUUCGACCGGAGUGUCAUCGAGACACUUAUGGAGCUUUUUUUACGACUAUACCAAAUAUCGACAAAAGUACAACAAUGUCACACAGCAUCAAAGAUCGC